GCUGACGAGUUGGUUUAAAUGCUCUUGACAGUUCCUCGUUCAGGAUGUGUGCUGAGUUUUUCUCGGUAAGCCACAAAGUGUUUGCAUCAGUUCUGUCGCGGCUGCAGAGAGUUUCACACACUCAUUUACCAAAGGAGCGGAACCUGACCUCAGACACCAAUGGGUGAGAAUAGUUGGGAGGACUACUUAAAAUUUUUCGCAGAAGCCAAUAACACGGUAAUAGAUAAUGCUGUAUACGAAGAGGUUCCUUUAUGCGAGAAAAGUAAUGUCAUCCAGUUUGGUGCAGCAUUUCUCCCAGCGUUCUACUACACCAACUUCUUGCUGAGCUUGGUGGGGAAUGGACUGGUGCUGUGCAUCAUCUACAAAUAUGAGAAGCUCACCACGGUCAACAACAUCUUCUUGCUCAACCUCGUCAUCUCGGACCUGAUCUUCGCCUUCAGCCUUCCCUUUUGGGCAGUCUACCACAAGUCAGAAUGGAUCUUUGGCAGUGGCCUUUGCAAGUUGGUGGGAAGCUGUUAUUUCAUCGGCUUCAACAGCUCCAUCCUCUUCCUCACUCUCCUGACUUUUGACCGCUACCUUGCGGUGGUCCACGCCAUCAGUGCAGCCCAGAGCAGGAAGAAAAAAUAUGCGUUUGCAUCGUCCGCCAUCGUCUGGGUGCUCAGUAUAUUGGCUAGUAUAAAGGAUAUAGUUCUUUAUGAUGUGAUGGAUGAUCCAAAUGGUAGGCUGUGCGAAAUGACUGGUUACAUCCCGUCUACCCUCACAAAGUGGGAGCUGAUCGGCUAUUAUCAGCAGUUUCUCUUUUUCUUCCUAGUGCCUCUAGUUAUGGUCCUGUACUGCUAUUCCCGCAUAACCAUCAGGAUCAUGUCCACACGCAUGGUGGAGAAGUGCAGGGCGGUCAAACUCAUCUUUGUCAUUGUCUUCACCUUCUUCAUCUGCUGGACGCCUUACAAUGUGGUCAUUCUGUUAAAAGCCAUCAAGACGUCCUUUGGAGACCUGAAGAAAUGCUCAGAAGCCCUCGACUACGCUGUGUACAUAACACGUAACUUUGCCUACCUGUACUGCUGCAUCAGCCCUGUCUUUUAUACCUUUUUGGGAAAGAAGUUUCAACGCCAUUUUCUGAAACUUUUGGCCAAGCGUCUACCAUGUUUGAAGAUCAAUACAUUGCUGUCAGUGACAAGCAGUAAAACCACAUCAGUCAGGAGCCCAACACUGAUUACUGACCAUUCACGUGACCAACAAGUUUCUGAUUGAAAAUUUGUUGUUAAGAGGACACAAAUUGGAUCACCAAGAGAAAGAGAAAAACAAAGAAUCCAAGAUGCAAUGUUUGACCAAUGUAUGUUGUUUGACCAUAAAAAAAAUAUAUAUAUUCAAUAAUUUCUCAUUUAAUGCAUAUUAAUGCAUACUAAUUAAUAGUGUGUCUAAAGACCUCCAUCAAUUUUACCAAAUUAAGCAAAAGUAUUGAUAAAAAGCAAACUGAAAAAUAUUUUACAGUUCAUUUGAUGUACAUAUGUAAAUAUUCCUUAAUAAACACCCUUUUGAUGACAUCAAAAAAAAUUAUACAAUUAUUUUCUCAUUUAAUAACAACAUAUAGCUAUCAAAAAUCUACGCUAUUAUAUUUGUCUCUGUAAGGAGUAAUUUUGCUUUGUGUAAUAUAUAUUAUAGUAAAGAGUUCUCUAAGUAUGGAAAAUUAACGAUUUUAUAUUGCUGUUAAUUGCUGGUGCAGCCUAUGCUGAGAAGUAAAAUAUUAGUGACAGGAAUCUUCCUGAUAUUAUCAUUUCAGUGUAUUUAGUGACCUGUUCUUUGAACAAAAUUAAACUUGCACCCAUUUAAAGGUCUCAAAUGAGUAAGCUUCCUGUAUUGUCAACAUCUAAAUAUAUCCUGUUAGCUGGUUAUGAUGAUCACAUCUUCAUUUUGAGCAUGAAUUCAGUCUCUGCAUUGUGUUUUGUGUGUGUUUGGAUCUGAUUUUUAUGCCAAUAAAUGAUUCUAAAUAA